AUGGUUUUUAACAUCAAAUUAUAUUUAGAAAUAAAAAAAUUCAACUUUGUGGGUAGAAUACUCGGUCCUCGAGGAAUGACUGCAAAACAACUAGAACAAGACACUGGAUGCAAAAUUAUGAUACGAGGACGUGGUUCAAUGAGAGAUAAAGCAAAGGAGGAACAGAACAGAGGAAAACCAAAUUGGGAACAUCUAAACGACGAUUUACACGUACUUAUAACAACGGAGGAUACAUGUGAACGAGCCGAUAUUAAACUCAAAAAAGCCAUCUCCGAAAUCAAGAAACUACUUCUUCCAUCUGGAGAGGACGAACUGAAACGAAUGCAAUUGAUGGAACUUGCUAUUCUCAAUGGAACUUACCGUAACGAAGGAAACAAUCAUAAAAAUUUGUUUGGUCGUUCUUAUUCAUAUGACCAACCUUCAUCCCAAAUGGUCAUCUCUCCAAUGCGAUCUUCGAUGUCUGCUCUUGGUCCUACAAUGUAUCUUGGAAACAGAACGGCAAACAUAAAUAAUUUUGGAACUGCCACUUAUGGAAACGGACAAUCCAUCGUAGGAGUAUUAGGCUAUAUUUCACAAUCUGGCUACCCUCCGUUUGUGGCUGAUAUGAACAGCUUGUAUUACGUCGACCCGUAUAUGAUCAAUACACAGGUUAUUGGAGAUUACCCAUAUGGAAAUACAGGUGAAAAUUAUAAUUAAAUGCAU